GACACCUUCAUGUUUGAGGGCCAUGACACCACAGCCAGUGGCCUGUCUUUCAUCCUCUACUGUCUGGCCUGCAACCCAGAACAUCAGAAGAUUUGCAGGAAGGAGAUUAUGGAGGCCUUGCAUGACAAGGAAACCAUGGAGUGGGAGGAUCUCAGUAAAAUCCCAUACACUACAAUGUGCAUAAAAGAAGCUCUCCGCCUUUACCCCCCUGUACCAGGAAUUGCCAGAAAAACCACCAAAACUGUAACCUUUUGUGAUGGGAGAACAGUGCCUGCAGGUUCUGUUGUUGGAAUAGGUGUUUUUGGAAUUCACAGGAAUGCGUCUGUCUGGGAAAACCCUAAUGUCUUUGACCCUCUGCGUUUCCUACCAGAGAACAUUGCCAAGAGAUCUCCUCAUGCUUUUGUGCCCUUCUCAACUCUUGGCAUUCUCUCACUGAGCUUCAUCAGGUCGUCAGCUGAAAUGGUUUUCCAACAGUCUUUGAAGGACUUCCCAGAGAAUCUGAGCACUCUGCAGUCCACCUCAUCCCAAAACAUCUCCAUUGGGCUUAUUUGCCGGACACAAAUCUCUGCCGAAGAGCUCCCAUCUGGACGCUCGACCACCUGCCAGUCCCACGGGUUGUUCACCCCGUUCACCUGCCUGCCUCCCUGCCUCAACGCCAGGAAUUUUGGACCACUCACCCAGACCAAUAACCUCUCCAUGCCACUACAGACCACCCGCGGCAAGUUGACUCCCCCUCCAGCCCAAUCCUCGGAGCAGCUGUUUUCCACUGACGAAUGA